CUCUUUGAUUCGUCUGGCUAGAGUCCCGAGCGAGCGCUUAAGAUAAGUCUCCCGCGUCAUGGUUGCGGCGCGGAGACGGACAGUAGAUCGAAACGGAGACUAUCGAAGUCAGAGCGGGCGAAAAGGCAUCGCCGAACAAAGGAGCUGGUUGCAAGGCGCGAAUUGAGGGAAUGGAGGUAGGCAGGAGACAAUGAGAGGCAGAAGUGAAAGUAGGAAGAAGCUCCGGCGGAGAGGAAGAAGUCCGGAAGCAGUCGAGGAAGGUGAAGUCAGGAAGAAUGAAGUAACAAUCCCGAGCCCACUUCAACUUCCCCCGAACUGCAGUACUUCUUUUCCCUUCAACCCCAUCAUCACCACAGGGUGGGGGGAUCCCAGGAAAGUUCUAACCCUUCCAGCUGCCCGUCACAAUUGUCUUGUCCGAUGCAACCAAAGCGGAUCGGCCAGUCUUGAUGGCGAUCGUCCCGCAUUUGAUCGCAUUUCCCUGUUUGUCGUACCAACACGAGGCCAUUGGAACUAUCAGUCCGUCCAUUUACUUUAUGCUGCGUGCUUGAAUAGUGUCCUUGUCAGAUGUUGCUAUCAGGUACUUUACGCCUACUUGCCGCUCAAAUGUCGCCAACCCUCAACUGCGACUGAUGCAUCUCACGGGCCCAGCAUGUGAGAGCUCACAUUCCUACCUUUUACUCCUCCACGAUGGUUGGGCGACUCCUGCACGGUAUAGAGCUAGCAGGGGGGUCUCAUGCCGGAACUGAGUACCCAGCGCCAAAAAUCAGAGGUUGACAAUGUACUUUGCAUGUUCUGGAUCUUUCAUAGUGGGGUCUGUACUUGAUGGAUGUCGGGCUUUUCUACGAAGUGUCUCUAGGCCGUGAAAUUUAUCGAUUCCAUCCAGGUCUUACUGUAUGGCCAGGCCAUGA